UGGAUGGGCCAUCCCAUAAACAACGGAACGUCCUCGUCGAUUUAUGCUAUGUAUGCAUUAGUGAGUGAAAUUCUCGUGACUAAGGUCGCUCAUUCUGAUAGCAAGGCUGAUUUUGAUGUAGGCCUAGAUACUAUGAUUUUCUUUCCAGGAUCAUUUGUUCAGUCACCUUAGUUUCUCCCGGGCUGUGAAUAUUCUGAGACAUGAGUGGCAUGAGAACUAUUUUGACCACAUGGACACUGGUCGGAGUGGUCUGCAUAGGGUACGGAUUUUGGGCAGUCGUAUCGCCGAGCGAAGAAAGGAAGAGAGAGAUACUGAAGAAUCUACCCGAGGCCAACCCAGUGAAGAUGGAGGAGACGCGGAGGAGGAAUACAUUGAUCAUGCAGGCGCUGAAGGAGGCGGCAGAAACUAAAGACAAUAUCACCCGUGGAACUGGACCUCCAAAAUGAGAGCCUUAAAAUCAUGAUAAACGAUGAAUGUCAAGGCUGCACCUUAUUUUCAAGCUGGGUCAAGUCUUAAAAAAGCAGCUUUGUCUCUUUCAGUUACUGAAACAGUAAGUGAAUGGAAGUUAAGGCUUUGAAAUAAGAUCUUCAGUUAAGACUUGUUGAAACAAAUCAUCUAAAUAAAAAAGGUUCACUGACACAGAGAUGGCUGUCCUCUGUGAUAGAGGAAAGGCCGAGAUGAAAAGCAGGGCAGAGACAUACUGUACAAUGGUGCCUCAGUUUAUUUUCUCAGUAUUUCUGUCCUUUAUACUGUGAGGCAUUGAGUGUAAAUAUGUAGUUUACCUGUAAUUAAUAAAAAUGUACAAUUGUCAAAUUAA